AUGGAGUACUUUUACAAUGAGAGCCAAAACCCCCCUCAGGACCACCGAGACCACCUGGAUCGGCACCAGGUUGUCACAGCGGAGGUCGACAGCUCCGAUCCGGGUGGAGAUGUCAGCCUCCGCGCGCUGACCGGCUGCGUCCUGUGCGUCCUGAUCGUCUCCACCCUGCUGGGUAACACUCUGGUCUGCGCCGCCGUCAUCAAAUUCCGCCACCUGCGCUCCAAAGUCACCAACGCGUUCGUCAUCUCUCUGGCGGUGUCCGACCUGUUCGUGGCAGUGCUGGUGAUGCCUUGGAGGGCGGUGUCCGAGGUGGCUGGAGUCUGGCUCUUCGGCCGCUUCUGCGACACCUGGAUCGCUUUCGACAUCAUGUGCUCCACUGCGUCCAUCCUCAACCUGUGCAUCAUCAGCAUGGACCGCUACUGGGCCAUCUCCAGCCCCUUCAAGUACGAACGCAAGAUGACGCGCAGGUUCGCCUUCCUGAUGAUCGGCGUCGCCUGGACACUGUCCAUCCUCAUCUCCUUCAUCCCCGUGCAGCUGAACUGGCACCGCGCGGACAACUCCACGGCGGACAACCCGGACGACUGCAACGCCAGCCUGAACCGGACCUACGCCAUCUCCUCCUCCCUGAUAAGCUUCUACAUCCCCGUGGUGAUCAUGGUGGGGACGUACACGCGUAUUUUCCGCAUCGCUCAAACCCAAAUUAGACGGAUCUCCUCUUUGGAGAGAGCUGCGGGGCAGCGUGCACAAAACCACCGCCACCGCGCUUCGGCGCACGAGGAGAGCUCGCUGAAAACAUCUUUUAAACGGGAAACUAAAGUUUUAAAGACAUUGUCGAUCAUCAUGGGGGUCUUUGUGUUUUGCUGGCUGCCGUUUUUUGUCCUGAACUGCGUGGUGCCUUUCUGCGACGCAGACAAGCUCGGGCAGCCGCCGUGCGUCAGCGACACCACCUUCAGCAUCUUCGUGUGGUUCGGCUGGGCCAACUCGUCUCUGAAUCCAGUCAUUUAUGCCUUUAACGCCGACUUCAGGAAGGCUUUCUCCUCCAUCCUGGGUUGUAACAAGUACUGCUCCACGUCCACGGUGGAGACGGUGGACUUCAGCAACGAGCUGGUGUCUUAUCACCACGACACCACCAUGCAGAAAGAGGCCGUGCCACCAGGUCUCGGCGCGCAGAGACUCAUCCCGCCGCCCGCGCACACUACAGGAGAGCUGGAGCAGGACUUUGACAAAGUUUCUGUCAUUUCUGAUGAUUCCCGGAACCACCGGAACCUGCUGCUGCCCGCCAUCCUGCAGUUCGAGUGCGAGCCGGAGAUCUCUUUAGACAUGAUGCCCUUUAACUCGCCCGAUCCCGCCGAUUGUUAUGUUAUCCCGGGUCAAAUCCAGGACCAGUGA